CACACAUUUGCCUUGAAGUUCAGGCGCUCUUAACGGAAGCCUGUUCAGAGACUUCAUUAGAGCAAGCCGCACCAGCUCCGGUGGCUGUAUCCAAACUGACUCACCUGCGAUCGCUCUUGCCCAGUUGUAAAGGGGAACGCAACACGCAACACCAUUCCGCGGACAGUCGUAGUAGGCAAAGGAGAGCUAUGGAUUCUUUGACAGUCGCAGCGCUACUUCUCGGUGGGCUCCUGUCCUCCACAACUUCGGUCCAGUUCGAAACGGAGUGCUACACGGCCAACGGCGAGGACUACCGGGGUCGGCAGAACCAGACUGGCCUGGCCGGGGGAAAGCCCUGCCUCUUCUGGAGCGAGACCUUCCAGCACCCCUACAACACGCUCAAGUACCCCAACGGAGAGGGUGGACUGGGACCUCACAACUUCUGCAGGAACCCCGAUGGUGACGUGCGACCCUGGUGCUACAUUGCUGACCAUGAGGAUGGAAUCUACUGGAAGUACUGUGACAUCCCCACUUGUCAGAUGCCUGGCAACCUGGGCUGCUUCAAAGACAGUGGCGACCCUCUGACCCUAACGGGGAGCAGCGAGACGUCCAAUAAGCUCACUAUCCAGACCUGCAUCAGCCUCUGCCGGAAACAGAGAUACAAGCUGGCCGGUAUGGAGUCAGGCUAUGCUUGUUUCUGCGGUAACGACGUGGACCGCCAGCAUCACGAGGAGGCACCGAGCACCGAGUGUAACCACGUGUGUUUCGGCGACCACACACAGCCGUGCGGUGGAGACGGCCGCGUCAUCAUCUUCGACACCCGCAUUGGAGCCUGUGGGGGGAACUACACUUCUCCCGGCUCCGUCAUCUACUCUCCCGACUUCCCGGACAAGUACGGGGCGGGCCGGGUCUGCUACUGGACCGUCCAGGUCCCGGGGGCGGCUGCCAUCCUCUUCAACUUCACCUUUUUCGACAUUGUGGACCAGAAAGACAUGGUGGAGCUUCUGGAUGGAUACACCAAUCAGGUGGUGGCUCGCUUUGAUGGACGCAACCCACCCCGAACCCCGGUCAACGUCACGGUGGACUUUGUCAUUCUGUAUUUUUACUCGGACAGAAUCAACGAGGCUCAAGGUUUUGCUGUGCUCUAUGAAGCUUUGAAGGGCCAGAGUCCCAAGUCUGUGGAUGAAGAGGAAGAGGAGGAUGAGGACAAUGAGGAAGAGGACACCAGCACAGUGGAGCCCAACUCCGCCGGCGGCAUCACAGAGAAGUCCAACACCAGCGGUGAUGGCAAGUCCUCCCAGAUCCUCUACGUCAUCACAUCCAGUCCUGGAAAACCGGAGCGCAACAUGCCAGGUCAGUGGCUCGGACCGGGCCGGACCACGGGCCACAGCACUAUGUGGACAAUCUACGUACUGGCAGCAUUGCUCACGUUGACAGUCAUCGCCAUGGUGGCCAAGCUGCUCCUGCACAUCACUGUCAAGUCCUCGUCCCUUCCCUCCAUCCGGAGCAGCGAGCACAUGCAGCCGUGCAACCAGAGCGCCGCCUCGGAGCCCUGGAUCAUCUUCUACCGGCCCUCCACCAUCUCGCUCUUCAAGAAGAAGCUUAAGAAUCACCAUGGAGACCUCAGCCCUUUGGUGGGCAACUAGGGGGGCGAAGAGGGAGUGAGGACAACAGAGACAGACAAACAGACAAACAGACAGAUGGAGUCACAGACAGACUGUGCAGUUCUACUCCUCCUCCUCCUCCUCCUCCUCCUCCUUCUACUCCCAAACACACACACAGGGUGACCGAGUUCUGUGCUCGCCUGCUGGUCGCCCUGCCUCAGGGACUAACAGGAGAAGAAGCAUGCUGAAAGCUAACUAGCUAACUCGCUAACCGACUGACCUACAGUAAAACACAAUUGCUACUGUCAAAGGGACCAUA